AUGUUUACAUCAGUCAGCUGAUACGUCCAUCACGCGGCCACCGGCAAACUAUUAUUUUUGGGAUAUGACAGCUGUAGAGAGCAAGUUACUUGAGCAAAUAAGUGGUACUAAAGAAAAACCAGAGCAUAGCAACAGAAAUGUGGGCUUAGUGCUGGUUGGCUUGACAGGAGGAGCAGCCAUUGGUCUCAGUAUUAUUGCUGCUCCUUUUGUUGCACCUGCACUGAGGAAGGUGUGUCUUCCUUACGUCCCAGCUACAACCCAACAAGUCAGUAAUGUCCUGCGAGCCCUAAAAGGUCGAACUGGAACUCUGGUAGAUCUCGGCAGUGGAGAUGGUCGUAUAGUUGUUGCUGCAGCCAAGGCAGCCAAAUUAUCUGGUGUUGGAGUAGAACUUAACCCAUGGCUAGUGUGGUAUUCACGCUGGCUUGCUUGGAGGAAAGGCGUCUCAUCCUCAACUUCAUUCAUGACACAUGACCUCUGGAAGCUAAACUUACAGCAGUAUAAAAAUGUUGUGAUUUUUGGCGUUGAGGAAAUGAUGCCAGAUUUAGAGACAAAGUUAUUCCAAGAGCUGACUGCUGACGGAUAUGUGGUUGCCUGCCGGUUUCCAUUACCCAACUGGCAGCCAGUAGCAACAUUUGGAGAAGGCAUUGAUACCGUGUGGCUCUACAGAAGACCCAGUGAAAAUGCAGUUGACAAGAGAAAAGAUAAUGAAAGUUUUGUUGACAAUAGAUAAGAACUACUGUGUUUAAAAUGUAUGUGAAUUAUUGUAAAUAAUUUUAUAACAAUAGAAGACAAUGUUUA